UAAUGAGUGUGAGCACCUGCAGCUUCAGUUUUAAAAAUACCACUUCUCAAAAAAAGCUCUAGUGCUGAAAUCUACAGUGUGCAUUCACUCACACAGAGACGUUCGAGCUCUUCAGAUAACAGUACCUCAGAACAAACCAGUAACAGACCAGAAAGAACCAUGAUAAGUACCAGAACAGUUUGUUUUGUGUAUUUUGCAUUGCUCUUCGGAUCGGCACAUGCUGAUGGCCCAGCAAAUGAAAUCACCACCACCAACACAACGGUCCCAGAAGGCGACAAUAAUAGUAUAAAAACAGAAAGCACAUCUAUGACAAUGGUCACAAAUGUGUCCUUGAAAACAACAAAUAAUAACAGAGAUUCAUCAAAACUAACAUCUUCAAAUACAGUCUGCACUCCGGCCACUUCUAAACCUAAGGAAGGACAUUGUAUUCUCUUUCUACCCACUAAUACACACAGCCUGCCACUGAUUGCGGCUGCUCUCACAGUGGGCUGCUUGGCAUUGUUGCUGACCACGCUGAUAUGCGCCUGUCAGGUUUGUCACCUGAGAGGAAUUAUCUCUAGUCUCCAGUCUCGUUACGACAGCAUUGACCGACAUGCCAGAAGAGAGAAGAGUGAAUCACCAUGCCGGGAUGAAUGCCAAGUGGACAGGCAUCCAACUGAGACCUGCUUCCUGCUAUCAGAGGUCACCACAGCACAAGAGGAGCGUGAAGAGGAUCAGGAGAACAAGACUGAGGAGAAGAAUGACACAGAGCAGCCCAGCACUGAGCCGCCUGUGAUGGACCCGAAUGGAGACAUCACCCAAGAGAACAGUCCUGAGUCUGAUGCUAAAGCACCAGAGAGCCCCGACACAGGGGAGUGAUCACGAGCAGACACUUAAACUGGUGUCACAACUCCCCCUGGCGGCAUUUCAAGUCUGCACCUGCUUAAGCUUCAACUGUUAUCUACUGCAUAUGUCUGAGAUAUGAAAGUAUACAAUUCUACUGUAUUCUAUAGUUAAAUUCUAGAAGUAUAAAAUUCUGAAAAUACUGCAAUUAA